UACGUGAGCAGCGUUAGCCCUCCUUCAUCAGUGGUUCCUCACGCGAACUGAAGAAGAGGGAAGGCGAUGUCGUGGCAAACGUACGUCGACGACCAUUUGAUGUGCGACAUUGACGGCCAGCGCCUCACGGCCGCUUCCAUCGUCGGCCACGACGGCAGCGUCUGGGCCCAGAGUGAGCUCUUCCCUCAGUACAAGCCGGAAGAGAUUUCUGCAAUCAUGAAAGACUUUGAUGAACCUGGAUCGCUUGCUCCAACUGGGUUGUACCUUGGAGGGACAAAGUACAUGGUCAUCCAAGGCGAGCCAGGAGCCGUUAUUCGAGGAAAGAAGGGUUCUGGCGGUGUUACUGUCAAGAAAACCAAUCUGGCUUUGAUAUUUGGCAUAUACGAGGAGCCAAUGACCCCUGGUCAAUGCAACAUGGUAGUAGAGAGGCUCGGUGAUUAUCUCUUUGAUCAAGGUUUUUGAUUAGUAUACUGAGCUUGAAUCCUUUUCCAUUUGUUUUUGGUCUUAAAAUCCUAUAAUAUGGGCCUACGGACUACCUGAAAUUGCAACGAGUGUUACCAACAAUGAGCGAGCUUGAAGUAUUGUUGGAAGUUAUGUUGAGAAUGAUUGUUGUUAUUUUAUCUGUUUGUGUGGAUUAUAAUGUUUACUUCGUUUUGUAACAUGUAUCAUUCUGUGGUCGGUCAACAUUUCACAUUUCAUUGUGGAAGAUACUAUUAAAUUGUAGCUAUAUAUAUAAUAUUGUGAUGCAGCAAUGAAUGUUCAACGUUCUCUUA